AUGCAAUUCACUCAAUACAUUGCCUUGUUAUUCUUGGCAGCAGUCACUCUCGCUAAAAACAUUCUUUUAACUAAUGAUGAUUCUUGGGUUGCUACCAACAUUAGAGCCACCUACUAUAAGUUAAAAGAAGCUGGUCAUGAAGUUUGGUUAGUUGCUCCUGUUUCUCAAAGAUCUGGUUGGGGUGGUCGUUUUGAUGUUCCAACUUCUCCAACUUUACAAACUGAUGGUGAAUUAGGUUAUGUUAAAGCCGGUGCUCCAUCUUGGGGUCAUGAAGAUUUUGAUGAUCACAUUUGGUAUUUCAAUGGUACUCCAGCUUCAUCUGUUGCUUUCGCUUUACAAUAUGUUUUCCCAGUUUACUUCAAUUUAAGUGAUUUCACUCCAGAUUUCGUUGUUUCUGGUCCAAAUGAAGGUACUAACUUAGGUAGUUUCUAUACUUUAUCAGGUACUAUGGGUGCUACUUACAACUCAGUUUACAGAAACCUUCCAGCUAUUGCUUUCUCUGGUUCUAACUCCAACAACUCCUUAUAUACUGAUUUCUUAGACCUUUCUGAUCCAUUAGAACCAUCAACUAUCUAUGCUGGAUUAGUUGUUGAUAUUGUCAAUACUAUUUUCGAAGCUCAAGGUGAUAAUGAAAGAGCUUUACCAUUAGGUGUUGGUUACAAUGUUAAUUUCCCAGCUGUUGGUUAUCAAAAUGAAAGUUGUACUGCUCCAGAAUGGGUUUCUACUAGAUUCAGUGGUUUAAAUGCUGCUGGUGCUGAUAUGGUUUAUAAUGCUACCAGUGAUUCCUUCGUUUGGACUCAACACACUUGGGAAGCUUUAACUGCUUGUUACAAUGGUAAUUGUGCUUUACCAUCAGAAACGUAUAUCAAUUCCCUUAAGAACUGUCAAACUACUGUUUCAGUUUUCUCCAUUGAUUACAGUGCCAAUGCUGAUUUAACUGCUCAAUCUAAUGCUUUAUUAGCUCCAAUCUUCAGCAAAUAA